UUUUUGGUACUUUUUGGUUAUCUCUGUUAUUAAGUUUGUGUCUCAGAUUUUUCCUUAAGAUGUAUAUAAUAAUCGGAUCUUCCUUUUAUUUAUUAAUGUCUUUCAUUUGAAAAUUCCAUGGGGGAAAUGGUCUGGAAUUGGAUAAGAAAGAAAUUCUGACCAUUAUGUACAUUUUAAGGAAAACUCUGAUAGUCAAACUAGGAGAGAAGGGAUAUCAAAAAAAUAACUUAUUUCUCUAGAUUGAAAAAAUUUUUUUCGAAGACUAGCAAAAUGUCGAAGGCUUCUCUUAAAGGUAUAGAUGACUUGGCACAUUUAUUAAAAGGCGUCGCAUCAAAGGAGAUCAAGUCAAAAUACGCGACUGAUUAUUACGAGGAAUAUGAAAAGCUUAUGAAGAACCAUUACAAGAAUAGAAAGAGAAGGGAAGCCACCGUCCCUCAACCAACAUAUGAGAAGCUUUUUUCAAAGAAGAAUUCAACAAAAAGUAUUUUUUUCAAUAAAGUAGAUCAACUUGAGGAACGUCAACUUCCAUAUUGGCGUCAGUUGGACAAUGCAAAAAUGGAGUUGUUGGAUAGAGGUUUGGGACCGCGUAAUAUUCUUGAAGAACAGAUUGAAUGGACAAAGAAGGGGAAGAUGUGGCCCUAUCCAAUUGAUAAUGAAUAUUUGCUUGGAGAAGAGGACAAUGUCAGCUUUGUCGACCACGUCUUUCUUGAAGCAGAACUUUCAAAGCAUAAACUUCCACGUUCUGAAGCUAUUGAUCAUUAUAUGGAACUUGUACUUACCGGUCUUUCAAAGAAUCCGUACAUGUCUGUAGAGAAGAAACACGAACAUAUUCGUUGGUUUGCUGAUUAUUUCAAAGGCGCCGCUGAAGGAAAAUACAAAGAAUUAUUGUGAUAGUUGU